AUGUUUUCCCGCUUUCGCAAGAAUUUUGGGAGAGUGAACGCCGAUUUUGGACAGACUGGGGUGAGGGAAUCUCGCCUUUCAUCAAAAAUAAAAGAUGGACAACGAAAGCUGGCCUGGGGAAUGCUGAAGGAUGGGAGACUGACAUCAUCCCCUGGCCCUGUGGUAAUCAACAAGGAGGCCAACACGGAGAACACAGAAGAGCAGAGACUGAUUAGACAGCUGCAGUCAGCUACUGAGGAGAGAAAUGAGCUAAGAGAUCUCCUGACUUACGUGACAGAGAGAUACAGGAACAACAGGGCCAGCCGCUAUGUCAGGUUAAAUCCAUUUUAUGAAAAAUUGAAGAUAAAGGAGAGGGAGGUCAUGUCAUUACUGCAAAACUUAGAGAUGAGGAACAUCGAGCAUUGUGAGAAAUUUCAGGAGCUCCAGAAGGAAAUUAACUUCUAUCGCCACCUGCCCAGCCGGAUCCAUAUGGACAAGAUAUGUAUGCAGAAGAAGUUGUUCCCAUUCAGAAAGGAGAGCAAAGCAGAACAGCUUGAUUCUGCACCGCUGCUACAGAAAUUUUUGUUUGAUUUGAACAAGAAAGAUAAAGACGAACAGGAGAAAACCAACAACAUCCAGACCAAGCAACAUCUGGAUAACACCACUUGAGAGACCACUUGGGGACUGCACUGCCAUUUUGCCUGCUAGAGAAGACAGCAAUAUAACUGUGCUUCUAAAUGUACACUAAGUAUAUACUGUUUAGAAAUAUUUUUGUUAUGAUCUUAAAUGAAGUUUUUGUUUUGUUAUUUCAUAGUUAUAUGUUCUUGUUAAUAUUUUUCACAUCUGAAAAUACUUUUAGAUAUUUAUAUUAAUAUUCAUUUUAAUCAUUUUUUGUUUAAAUUGUAUUCUUUAUGAAUAAAACUUGAUUUUUAUCUCUUGA